CCAGUGCUGGACACAUUCGGAGCGGAAUUAAAAACAGUCACCGGCAGACAACUGAAGCCUAAACUGGCAGAUUGAACAUACAAUCUGUCUUUAAUUCAUGAUACCAACUGGCCUGUGGCAGUGUGACACUCUGCUGUGAGGAUGGAUAUCUUCUCUGCUGCUGUCCUCAUGCUGAUCUCAGCACAAAGUUUACCCGCUGAAGCAGGAAAAUGUCCCAGGCUGUGCAGUUGUGAUGGCGCCAAACUCACGGUCGCCUGCGUUGGCAAAAACCUGACGGUGGUUCCCCCGACUAUAGAUGAGAUCACAGUGAAACUGGACCUGAGGAAUAACAACCUGCAGGUGCUGGCCAGGGGAGCGUUUGUACCCACGCCCUACCUCACCCACCUCAACCUGCAGCGCUGCAACAUCAUCAAAGUGAAGGAGGGCGCUUUCCGCUCGCUGAACCGCCUGGUCUCCCUUAACCUGGCCCACAAUAAAAUUGACAUCCUCUACCAGGAGUCCUUCGACGGCCUCUCCUCCCUGAAGGAGCUGCAUCUGGACCACAACCGCGUGGAGGAGAUCCAGCCUGGAGCCUUCACACAGCUCGGCUUCCUCAACAUGCUGGCCCUCACCCAUAACCAGCUGGUUUACAUCCCCAACAUGGCCUUCCAGGGCCUGCAGAACAUCAAGUGGCUUCGUCUGAGCCACAACUCCCUGAACAACUUGGCCCCUGAGGCGUUCGCUGGCCUGUUCACCCUCAGCCGCCUCAGCCUGGACCACAAUGAGCUGCAGUUCUUCCCCACACAGACCAUGACCAGACUCAGCGAGGUCACACGCCUGGACAUGAGCCACAACCCCAUGACCUACCUCGGGGAAGAAUCCGUCUCCAUGGCAAAGCUCACCCACCUCUACCUGGACCACAUGUCUCUUCAGGACCUGUCAGACCAGGCCUUGUCCCGCGCCCCCCUCCUCAAACACUUGGACCUCGGCCACAAUCAGCUCCGUUACUUGGAGCCGCUCUCGGGCCCCAAGGAGCUGGACAGCCUCAACCUGACUGGCAACCCAGUCUACUGUAACUGCUACCUGCGGCCCCUGAAGGAGUGGGCGAGCGUUGGGGGUGUGAAGCUGCUGGGAGCUUGUGCCGCACCGCCUCACCUCUCGGAUGAGCCGCUCCAGGCAGUGGCUCCUCUAGAUCUGCGCUGCCGCAGCAGGCUGGAGGUGCUGACAGACGAGUUUGAGGGAGACAACGAGAGCACAGGGAGCUCUGCACCCACGGCCGAGCCCAAGCAGAACGUCAAGUGUCCGGUUAACUGUGACUGUGAUGUGAGUAUUGACGCCCAGCAUGCCACAUGUGAGGGCCGGGGUCACACCAAAGUCCCACGAGGCUUCCCCGCCAAGACGCAGCUGCUCGACCUCCGCAGCAACCACUUCCACUACCUCCCUGCCAGCAGCUUCCCCGGCGCCGGCCAAGUUGUUUCCCUUCACCUGGAGCUCUGCAAAAUCCGCGAAAUCGAAAGCGGUGCCUUUCGGGGGAUGAGAAACCUGUUAUAUUUGUAUCUGUCUGACAACGACCUCACCUCCUUGGACCCCGGGGCCUUCGCUGGGACCCCCGAGCUUACCUACCUUCACCUGGAGGGGAACCAUCUCACACAGUUCCCUGGACCGGCACUGGCGGUCUUACCAAAUCUGUUUGUGUUACACCUGGAACAAAAUGCCAUCUCUAAACUAGAGCCCGCUGGUUUGUUGUCCUCAGUAGCCCCUAAUCUAAGGGAGCUUUACUUGACCAACAACAGCAUUGCUGCUAUUUCAAAGGGUGCUCUGGACUCGGCUUUCCUGGGCACGCUUCACCUGGAUGCCAAUGAGCUGAAAGAGGUGCCCACACACGCUCUUUCCGGGGUCCCUAAUCUGGAGGUGCUCAACCUAUCGCACAAUUCAAUCCGCUCGGUGGGGCCAAACGCCUUCAAGCCUGCGUCCCAGAGUCUGAAGAGGCUUUACAUGGAUCAGAUGGGCAUGGAGAAGUUGUCCAGGAACGCUCUGGCGGGGCUGGGCGCUGGGCUGAGGUCUCUGACUGUGAGAGGAAACCAGCUGGAGGAGCUCCCUGAGCUCAACCCACUCACUGGCCUGGAGGUGGUUGGCCUGCAGGACAACCCCUUGCUGUGUGACUGUGCCCUGUUGCCCCUACGCAGGUGGAUGGAGAAUGUGAGUUUGCAGGUGAUCGCCACCUGUGGUCAGCCUCCUGAGCUCAGGGGCCAGAUGGUCAGGGACGUCCCGGUCUUCAAGUCAUGCCCAGAGAGCAGCUCUCCUCCACACCAGAAGGUCGUUGUGGACCCCAGACCUCCAAAAGUGAGGAGACCCAAACCCAGUAUCUCAAAGGCACAGGGAGUCAAAGCUAGACCUGCAAAGCCCAAAACUAAAUUGCCCAAACCAACCAAGAACCAACCUCAGAGGAAACCUGUCUCACUAAAGGUGGCCAAAAACAAGAAGGCACCGUAAUAAGUGAAUUUAAAAAAAAAGAAAGAAGAAUUGAGUCUGUUUCUAGCAUUUGCAGUUGCACCUUGGCAUCAUGUUAAUGAGUUUGUUUUAUUGUAACAAAGGGUUGAAAUGCUUUUUUCUUCUUUUCAUUUUAUUAAAGCUCUUCAGAUUA